UCUUUUCAAACUUACUACUACCAGUACUAAUAAUUAAAAACAGUUAACUAACAUUAAUCUUAGUAAUGUAUUGAAGUGCAAAAACAGAGUGUGUCUCUCCCUCCUGUCUAUUUAAAGAUUCCAAAUCCAACCAUUGCUUCCUCCCACCUUACCCAUACGCCAUGGCUUCCGAGAAAGUUGAAACUGUAAUUGCCGGAAAUUAUGUUGAAAUGGAGAGAGAAGAAGGAGAUUCUUCAAAACCCACUAAGGGCAAACUCUCUACCCUCUUCUGGCAUGGCGGUUCUGUUUAUGAUGCAUGGUUUAGUUGUGCUUCUAAUCAGGUUGCUCAAGUGCUUCUUACACUUCCAUAUUCAUUUUCACAACUGGGGAUGCUUUCUGGGAUUCUCUUCCAACUCUUCUAUGGUCUAAUGGGAAGUUGGACUGCGUAUCUUAUUAGUGUUCUUUACGUUGAAUACAGAACUAGAAAGGAAAGAGAGAAGGUUGAUUUCAGAAACCAUGUCAUUCAGUGGUUUGAAGUUCUUGAUGGGUUGCUGGGGAAACACUGGAGAAAUGCUGGCUUGUUUUUCAACUGUACUUUUCUCCUUUUUGGAUCUGUGAUUCAACUGAUAGCUUGUGCGAGUAACAUAUAUUACAUAAACGACAAUUUGGACAAGAGAACUUGGACUUAUAUCUUUGGCGCUUGCUGUGCUACCACUGUCUUCAUACCUUCUUUCCACAAUUACAGAAUUUGGUCCUUCCUUGGCCUCAUGAUGACAACCUAUACUGCUUGGUAUAUGACCGUUGCUUCCCUUAUCCACGGACAGGCCGAGGGAGUGAAGCACUCAGGACCUGCUAAAAUGGUUCUGUACUUCACUGGGGCUACCAACAUUCUUUACACCUUUGGAGGACAUGCUGUAACAGUGGAGAUUAUGCAUGCCAUGUGGAAGCCACAGAAAUUCAAGCUUAUUUACUUGAUGGCAACUCUCUAUGUUCUUACAUUGACUUUGCCAUCAGCUUCUGCUGUUUACUGGGCUUUUGGGGAUGACCUCUUGACCCAUUCAAAUGCUUUUGCUUUGCUUCCUAGAAAUGGCUUCAGAGACACUGCUGUCAUCCUCAUGCUCAUCCACCAGUUUAUAACAUUUGGGUUUGCCUGCACACCUCUCUACUUUGUCUGGGAGAAAUUCAUAGGGGUGCAUGAGACGAAUAGCUUGAUCAAGAGAGCUCUCGCCCGACUACCUGUAGUGAUACCGAUAUGGUUUUUGGCAAUCAUUUUCCCCUUCUUUGGACCGAUCAACUCGACAGUCGGAUCCCUUCUUGUCAGCUUCACCGUCUACAUAAUACCUGCUUUAGCUCACAUGGUCACAUUUGCUUCACCAUCAGCCAGAGAGAAUGCAGUGGAAAGAGCUCCAUCAUUGUUGGGAGGUUGGGCAGGGCUGUACUCAGUGAACAUAUUUGUGGUGGGAUGGGUUUUGGUUGUGGGAUUUGGAUUUGGAGGUUGGGCAAGCAUGCUUAACUUCAUACAUCAAGUUGACACUUUUGGGUUAUUCACUAAGUGCUACCAAUGCCCUCCUCAUAAGCAUUGAGUUUAACAACUCAAAGACACAACAGAUCAAAUCACUCGAAUUUAAAACAAAGACAGGGACUGAGAGACUGAGAUAAAAAGUAACAUAAAUAUGUUUGUGUGUAAAGAGAUUGGCAAUCCCUUUUUUUCUUUUUUAAUCUUUUUUCUUUUCCUUCUUUACCUUUUCCAUGUAUUGGUGGUGAUGGGUUUUAAGAGAAGGUGCGAUGGCAAUGUUGGCCACCCCUAUACAGACCCCCAGUUGAGUUUGUAACUGGUGAGUCCUCCUCUAGCUUUUCUUUCUUUCUUUUCUUAUAUUAAGAAAUCUGUCAAGUCUUUCUCUUUAUGAAUGAGAUUAUUCUAUUCAACAUUA